ACUUGCAGACGACGUUUAUAUAAGUAGAUAUUCAUUCUGCCCAGCAAAGAAAACUUGUUCAUAAAAUUUUGAAUCCGUGGAUCCCUUUCAAAUGGUCCCUUUCGUUUUCCCGGCUACCUGACCUUUAAGUUUACUCUUUGCUUAAUAAAGAUUAGCAGUCAUGGCAUUUAAGAAGCGAAUUGCAGUCAUUGGUGGUGGCAUAGCAGGUAUCUUGUCCAUCGCCAUCUUGAAAGAGGAAAACCUGGAGCCCAUUUGUUUUGAGCAAACAGACAAACCAGGAGGCACUUGGAAUUAUAGAGAAGAAUCAACGCCCGGGGUUGCAUCCAUAAUGCCGACUACUAUCAUUAAUCACAGUAAAGAAAUGGGAGCUUUUAGUAAUUUUCCGCCACGAGAAGAGUACAAUAACUACAUGAGACAUAACGAGAUGUAUCAGUAUAUCACAGAGUACUACACAAAGCAUGAUUGCUUGAGACAUAUUCAGUUUAACAUGAGGGUCACUUGUGUUAAGCGUUCUGAGGAUUAUGAUGAAACAGGACGAUGGGUGGUCACUGCAUGCAAUACGAUUACAGGCGAAGAGUUUACUGACAUCUUCGAUGGAGUGAUGGUUUGCAUAGGCCACGUUAAUCGGCCUAAAAUUCCAAAAUAUCCAGGCCAAGAAGAUUUCAAAGGUAAAAUCUUGCACACGCAUAGUUUGAAAGAAGUAAACGGAUUCAAAGACCAAAACGUUCUUGUUGUUGGAAUGGGUUGUUCUGCUCUAGAUGCUGCUGUGGCAAUAAGUGAUGUUGCUAAGCAGGUGUACUUGAGUACAAGAACUGGAGCUCAUGUUAUAAACAGAGUUGGACCACAAGGUUACCCAAUAGAUUACAUUCUUAUGAGACCAUUUAUGCUUAAAUGUAUCGAUAUUUUUCCUGCAGACUUGGUAAGUUCAUUUCUUGAGAAAUUCUACAUCGAUUCCAAGUUCGACCAGAAAUUUUACAAUGUGCCUGCAAAAUAUCACAUCCUCAGCAAGGAUCCUGUCAUUAAUGACCACCUUGGCUCCAAGUUGCUUUCUGGAGCAGUAAUUCAGAAAAGAAUUGUUGAACGAUUUACAGAACGCUGUGUUCUCUUCGAAGGGAGCGACAAAGAAAUAGAAAUCGACACAGUCAUUAUGGCCACUGGUUACACAUGGAAGUUUCCAUUCUUGGAGGAUGGAAUAGUAAAGCAAGAAAAGGAUGGAAGAAUCAACUUGUAUAAAGCAAUGUAUCCUCCACAUCUGAAACACCCAACCCUUGCAAUAAUAGGUUUUCUUCUACCUUUUGGACCUGGGUUUCCAGUUGGUGAAAUACAGUGUCGUUGGGCGGCUCAUAUUUUUGCAGGCAAAGGACAUUUGCCACCCGCGAAAAAAAUGCUGAAAAGUGUUGAAAAAAGACAUCGUGAAAAUAUGAAGAGAUAUGCCCCGAGUGAUAAAAUGACAAUAAGAGUUGAUAAUAUGCAAUAUAUGGACGACAUUGCGUCAAAAUUUGGUGCAAAACCCAAUUUGCUCAAGUUUUUUUUAACUGAUAUCCGACUGUUUUGGAAACUUUGGUUCGGUCCAUUUGUUUCUUAUCAAUAUCGGCUUCAAGGACCACAUAAAUGGGACGGAGCCAGAGAUGCUAUUAUGACAAGUAAAGCAAGAAUGCUCUAUCCAUUGAAGAGAGAUGCCGUUAAGUAAUAGAACAUUGAGCAAUAAUAUUAAUAAUGAAUUUUGUGUAGCUGAUGUUGUAUAUUUAAAUAUAAUUGUAUUCGUAUGUAUUUUGGUAAGAUAUUACUAAUUUUUGUACAUUAAAAAUAUAUAAUUCUAUGAAAUAUUUCAUUACCGAAAUACCUGAUUAUCGAAUAAACCUCUGCUUUUA